GUCAUCGGUACUACCUUACCUGGGUACCUUAAGUCUUACCCUAGGUAGUCGCAUCUCCAGGUUUCAAAUGAUUUCAAAAGCCUCCUACUAUCAACAUUAAAUGCGUAAUUACCUGGUUAGUACAUACUAACCUAGAUAUGUUGCACCAUGUCUCGGAAUAUAAACUAUCAAGCCACAGGUAAUAACGGGAUGGUAGCGUCCCUUUCUGAAUGCUUUACCCAACUUCACGCUUUCAUCUUCGACCCAGAACCGCGCUUAGGUCUUCAUCCUAUACCAGGAAGUAAACCUCUGACUUUCAUCGCAGCCCUACUGCCUCCUUUGACUUACUAUCUUGCUCUACUUCUCCUUGCUCCACCUCCACCUCCUGCCGUCCAAUCUACACGUAUCAACGUAAUCCGGAAUAUCCUUGCUCUAACAGCCGGAAUUCUUUUCUUCCGUCUACCACUUGCUUACCAUGUGCCUCAGAGUAUUGGACUUACAUAUCAGCUCGGACUGGUCGGUCUAUACGGUGGAUGCAGAGUCAUGGAUGUCUUCUUCAUAAGCCCCUAUUGCUUCAAGCAUAUUCCUCGACGAGUCAACUAUGUGCACAAGUCAAGGGCCCACACACCUGUUCCGGAGGAUACCGGAUCCGCCACGGAUUGGUCCGACGGGGGAGUGGAAGAGUCCGACUUAUAUAGCGAGAAGCGCGUGGCCAAAUCCGAUCCUGCGGUUGGCAAACCCGUACGAGCUGAUGAUUCUUUGGGAUCUAGGCGUAUGCAACCUGCUGAGGGGAGAGGUUCUAACUUGUCCGAGGAAAUUACCCACAUAGCCCGAAGGAUGUCUAAUUCUAUCCCUGAUGUCGCCUGUGACUCCUUUUUAGCCGUGCAACGUACCUUGCACGGGCCAAACCCACGGCCUGUUAUUGAAACGGCGUCUACUGAGUCCGGCUGGCCGCAAUCAUUCCGAGACCGCGCCUCUUGGGCCCUCGAGCUCGAAUUGAGCAUGCGAGGUGUUGGCUUUACAUGGACAACGGCAGACGUCCGGCACACGCGGAAGACUUGGCUACCCACAGUUGGAAACCGCUUGCACAGUGUCCUCGUUCACGUGUUUCCUGUGCUCUUGGUAAGCUGGCUUAUCAUCAAGAGCGUGUACGUGCGUUACCUUGCCGCUUCCUCUUCCGCGACUGCAAACCCGCCAGAGCUGUUCAAUAACGACGAGAGGCGAUCCCGAGAACUCUUCGACUCGGAGUUGCCCCUGUUAGUGCAGCUCCUCCUAACGGGUGCCCUAGGAGCAUUUCUCAUGGCAGCAUUUUCUCUCGGCCACUCGUUGUUUGCUAUUAUGCUUAGCCCGCUAGCGCCCAGCCCCCUAGCCUUCUUUCCGCCCCUAUAUAGCACUCGCAUAUGGGACGUGACGAGCGUGCGCAGGUUCUGGUCUUACGGCUGGCAUCGGCUGUUCGCUCGGCUAUUCCUAGUGUACGGCGUUUGGCCUGGGGAGUGGAUUGAGAGAAGCCUUACGGGAAAGCACAGUCAUGAGCCUGCAGACGUGGGGAAGGUCCUUGGCGGGUUCUUGUCCAGUGCGUUCGUGCAUUCGUUCUCUGUGAGGGGUGUUCUAGGAGGUGAUUGGAGCAGUGCAGCCGGUGAGGCCAAGUUCUUUGCGCUGAACGGCCUUGCUGUUGUUGCAGAGGGGGCGGUGACACGAGCCGUACAGAGUUCAAGGAAGAAAAGGGGUCGCGAUUUGGGAAUAUGGUACGACGGCUGGGUCGGUCGUGUAUGGUGGAUUUUAGUCCUACUAGGUUCUGGGAGGAAUUUUGCCAGAGGUUGGGUCAAGUCUGGUUUGGUAAGAGAAAUUGCAUUCAUGUAAUCAUCUAAGGACACUAGUUGCUUGGAAACGUUGGACAAAAUUCAAUCAUGUUUGAGGCUCUUUCCCCAUAUAUUCGCCACACCGUCAUAUCCCACCAUGGCCAAGCCGAAG